UUCUCACAAUGGCGGCCGAAAAACCAGCGUCGCCUGACCGCAGCACAGGGUUGUCGGCUUCAUGCAAGUUCUUUAAGUGACAACCUCCAGUUUCAGAAGACGCCAAUGUAGAUGCACUCCGCUCACGACACGCGCCCCCGCAAAGCGCUAUAAUUAUCCACUCAUGGGCAGCCGCUAAGGUUCACUGACAACUUGCUGAGUACCGCAACGGCCCCGCGCAUCAUUUCGCAACAGCCCGUGCGCAGCCAUCGCAGCCGCGGGUUACACAGCUUCUGCAGCAGCGAAGGCUCGACGUAGUAUUUGCAACGAACCCUGCGUCGCUACCUGGAGAGGACAUCGCCUGCGGCCGAAGCUAUGAUAACGCUUCCAUGUACGUGCUCGCUUGUUUGCCGUACGCGCUGAAACACCGCAGUCGCAUUGCGGGCAUACCGGAAGAACAGUCCGUCACAAACGGCACGCGGGGUGGCAUGGUCGUUCAAUGUUAAUUCAUGUGCAUCUCGUUUGGCGCGCGCUGGGGGAAACGCUGCAGGCGCUACAUGUCCCUCGACGCUGAUGAUGCGGCGGUUCGCCCGACGUUCUGAUAUGGGCGGCGAGCCGGAUUAAGCAACGUAACGGGCCUGGCUCCCUCCCCUCACCGGACGUCGUCGUUCCGGACGACAUUGAGUCGCGUCAUGACAGGAGGGCGGCCAUUGUUCCGCCAGCAGUGCCGCAUAGGGAUCAAGCCAGAGCGCUCCCAGUGAGCAGCCGAUAUACCUCGGAUCGGCCGACAUACGCCGCCGCGUGGUGCGGAUUUUGGUAGCGUACUCUCUGGAAGCGGGGCGAAGAGUCGGAGCGUAACCGUGCCGAGGACGUGCGCCGUGCCCGCCGCUCGCUGUGCCGGGCGCGACCGCAUAGGACUGGCUGCUCGCUGCCUUGAUGGCGCGGGACACCGACGGCAGUGGAUUUGGACGAUCUCACACGUUCAGGCUGGAUCGGACGGCUUCGACGGCCAGCACCAGCUGCUGGGAACGGCUCAACAUGCCGAGCAUAUCGAAGACGCACUUGAUCAUCGGCUUCGUGGUGUUCUUCCUGGCCUGCAUGAUCAUCAUCUUGGUUGCACUGGCCGUGACGAUAGCGACACACCGCUACUUCUAUUACAACGUGGCUCCAGCGGGCUCGGCGGGAGGCACGGCGGGUGGCGGCGGCCCCGACGGAGGAGGUCCCGGUCCAACCGAGCCGGACCUUGUCACGGACAUCCCCUGUCCCGUACAGGCCGUCGAAGACUGCGAGAAGUACGGUUGCAGAGCAGUACCGGAUCCAGAGCACGGUGGGAGCGCUCGCUGCUUUCUGCGUGACGACGCGUUCGGUUACCGGUACCGGCACACCACGUACGGCGACCGGCAGAUCAACUACAGCCUCACCUACGACAUGGCGUCGCAGGGCCCCUUCGCCGAGGACGUCAUCAACAACGUCCGCGUCCAGGCGGUGUUCAUCACCGAGGACACGCUCAGGUUGCGGAUUCACGACGAGGACCGGCAACGUUACGAGGUUCCCGUGUUGGACGACUCGCCGCUGUUGAGCAAUCCCCCCGCCGUGGACAAGAACCAUUUGCGGUACCUGAUCGACACCAACGAGACCAAGAGAGGGCGCGCCAGGCUGAGGGUGCUGCGCUCGGACAACUACGUCGUCAUGCUGGAUUCGUGGCACCUGGUGAUGACCGAGCAGUUCCUGCAAGUGGUGCUGCCUUACAGCGGCGACCAGCUGUACGGAUUCGGAGAGAGCGGCCACGAGCACAUCAACGUUGCCACUGGAAGCGGCACCAUGUUUUCCAGGCGUGUCAGUAACUCCAGCACGCUGGCCAACGCGAAACCG